AUGUCAGAUUUUGCUGAAAAGCCAGCACCAAUAGACGACAGAAACUUCCCAGACACGACAUCUUCAUCAGCUCAAGAUGCAUCAGCAAUUGAAGCUUUGGAAAUUACCAAGGCAGCAGAGAAAGCGCUACUCAGGAAACUAGAUUUACAGCUAAUCCCAGUUAUUAUGCUCCUCUAUCUUUUCAGCUUUUUGGAUCGCGUAAAUAUUGGAAGCGCAAAGUUGUACGGCAUAGAAAAAGACCUAGGCUUGGUAGGAAAUCAAUAUCAAAUUUGCGUCUCGAUUUUGUUCGUUACAUAUUGUCUCUUCGAAGUACCGUCAAAUCUCAUUAUCAAAAAAGUAAAACCAGAUCGAUAUAUAGCUUUCAUCACCACUGCGUGGGGCGUUAUAUCUACCUUGACUGGCGUGGUUCAAAGUUAUGGCGGACUCAUUGCUGUUCGCUUAGUUUUGGGCAUGAUUGAAGCGGGUCUAUUUCCAGGACUGGUUGUUUAUCUUUCCAUGUUCUACGGUAGAAAUCAUCUAGCUGUGAGAGUCGGAUACCUUUUUGUUUCGUCAGCACUUGCCGGGGUCCUCGGCGGGCUCAUUGCGUACGGAAUUGGAUUUACAGAUGGACUUGCAGGAUUGAAGGCCUGGCGUAUACCUUCCGUGAUAACUGGAAUCGCAACUUAUUUUAUCUUACCAACAAGUCCUGCGACGGCUAAAUUUCUCAGCCCGGAAGAACGAGCUUUGCUUGUAUCCAUUCGACGAAACGAGAUUGGGCAAACUGAAUCAGCAGAGAAAUUCCAUUGGUCAGAUGUGAUAGAAGGCGCAAAAGAUUGGCAGCUCUGGAUCUUCAGCAUUUCCGCUUUUACAAACGAUAUAAUGUUGUAUGGAUUCAGCACAUUUUUACCAAUUAUUAUCAAAGGGAUUGGAAAAUGGACAGCUCCACAAGCUCAAGCACUUACCGUUCCUGUGUACGCUUUGGGUACAGGAAUAUAUCUUUUCGUGGCUCGUUUUAGUGAUAAACAGCUUCAGAGAGGUAUAUACUCUGCGUGCUUCUCAAUAAUAUCGGUCGUCGGGUAUUGUAUGCUAAUUGCCAAUGCUGGCGCGGCUGUUAGUUAUACUGGAUGCUUCGUGGUGGCCACGGGUCUCUAUGUUUCGGUAGGGCUGCCAUUGGCAUGGCUUCCGGGUAACAAGCCAAGAUAUGCGAAACGAGCUUUGGCGACUGGUAUGCAGUUGAUGAUUGGAAAUAUGGCUGGAAUUGCCGUACCAUUCUUAUACAGUACUAGUGAUGGGCCAAAGUACUACACUGGGUAUGGUGUUUCAAUUGCUUGUGUUUUCACAUCUGCUUGCAUUUUUACAUUCAUGUCGACCUACUACAAGCGAAUCAAUGCACGUCGAGCAGCAGGGAAGGAAGAUUGGAAGAUGGAAGGGAAGAGUGAGGAGGAGAUAAGAGAAUUGGGCGACUGGUCUCCAAGAUAUGUUUACUCAACGUAA